AUGUCACGUUACAAUCACCACAUAUAUAAAGUUUACAUAGCCGAUGGAUUCGCGACUGAUUGUGAUGAACUGAUACACCAAUGUCUACAGCUGUCCAAGUUAGAUUAUCAGGAAUUCUGCAAAAUUUGGAAGGACCUGGAUUUUAGUAUGAUUUUUCACGGUAGAAGUACAGGUGCAGAGAUAGCUGAACUAUCAGAAGAACUUGUGUAUAUAAGUAAACAAUAUCUGUUGAAAAAUACUGAAAAUUUUGAGGAAUCAGUGGCAGGUUUAUUUCUAUUAUAUGGAGUGCUGACUCUACAGCCAUAUCCUAACUUUGCAUGGCUUCGACUCACCCCUGAUGAUAUACCAGCCAUUAAAAGAAUAGAAUUAGUUGCGAGACAGGACAAAAGACUUGAUUUACUUUAUAUACUUGGUGAAAUACUUAUUAAGUACACCCAAUAUCAUGCUGUCGAGAGGGAAAGGGGUAUGGAGUCCGUUUUGAGGAAAUAUUUGGAUGGUUACACAAGUAUAGACAAGUUGGGAGUCCGACCUAAAGGUGUGUUCUACCGACAAAACGAAGAGCUGGAUAUUAUAAGAGAUCUAGGAACAGUCACGAGACAGUAUACAAAAGCUAAAGACAUGCUCAAAGUUGGUGGUCGGCCGGAUCCCAGUCUGCAGUAUAUUAAUGAAAACUUGCCGUUUGAGUUAAAUGUUACCUUGAAGAAAAUCAUCAAUGGAGCAAUAGAUGAUGAUGAUGGUGGUAUAGUAAAGAUACAUAAAAGUGAAUCACCCGAUGAGCAUUACAACAUGGUGCAAGCUAUUAAGACCAGGGCUUUGACGAAUACUGUGGACGGCAUGAGACAUCUCACAGCAGUUGAAGAUAGGCCAUCAACGAUCACGAAUUCAAGUCCAAGAACAAAUAAACACGGGAAGAGUGAUUUGAAAACACCAACCGGUAAAAUCAAAUCUUGUAGUCCAACCAAAAGAAUGACCAGCUCACCAAGAAAACGGAAAUUGAAUGUGAAAUUAGCAACCAAAGAAAAGAUUUGUAUGGAAAAUACACAAACUGAUACAGAAAACGCUGAUAUAGAUUUGGAGGAAUUCCAGAAAGUUGCAGCGAAGGUCAUAGCUGAAGGUACAGAAGGUGGAAUCACACACACAAAGGAAACGGACAUACAAAUAGAUCCUACGGCUGUGGUUUUAGAUGAUGAUGUAGGGAGGAACAUGGAGAUUGAGUUCAUUGAUGUAGGGAAUCCAGGAUAUGAUAAUGAUGACAAUGAACCUGGUAGAAGUACUGAUUCAACAAACGAAAUUAACAGAACAACACUCAAAACCAAAAUAAAAAAACCAGAGAAAAGAGAACUCAAAAGACUACAUCUGAAAUCUAAAUUCAGACGUUUAGGAAUGUUACCUGUCGCUAACUUUAAUGAUAAAAACAAUGACGACAGUAAUAUUGACCGAAUGGGAAAUGAAAGCAAAAUAUGA